AGCUCCUUUCGCAGAGAUCCUGCUAAAUAUUAUGGGAUCCGAUGGAUUUUUAUUUAGAAAUUGACCCGGUUACCUUGAACCUGAUCAUCCUGGUAGCUAGCUAUGUCAUCCUGCUCUUGGUUUUCCUGAUUUCCUGUGUGAUGUAUGACUGUCGAGGGAGAGACCCCAGUAAGGAAUAUGCUCCUGAGAUCCCAACGGAGAACCAGCCUCCGAUCCGGCUAGUGGUGAUGCAGCAAGGGAACCCCAACACCCGCUGGGCGAAAGGACCUUUCCCCACUUAUGAAAACCCUCCUGGCCCACAAGGGAAAAGGACUACGAUUGUAUAAAUUCAAUUGCUCCAGGGUGCUGGUUCA